ACACGGAGCCUGUUGAGGACAAGCUAGAGCAACCGUUGGAUUUGAGGCCUGGAUCAGUGGGGAAUAAAAACCCACAGAAGGUUCUGGAGCACCAGGAGCGAAUCAGGUGCAGGAACCAGUGAGUCCUCCGGUAAGGAGGAGGCUUCCGGACGCUUCGGGGCCCCGAGACUCAGACGCGGUCCGGGCUUCGUGACGCACUCGGCGUCGGGGCGGGGCCAGCGCUAGCCAAGAUGGAGACCAACGUGUUCCGCUUCCGAGAUGCCCGCUCUGCUCCGGAUCCAGUGCUGGAAGCCGGGCCGGUGGCCUUCGGUUCGCAGCCGGUACCUCUGGUGCUGGACAACGGGUCGUUCCAGGCUCGAGCCGGGUGGGCGUGCCCCGGGCCGGACCCGGGUCCCGAGCCGCGCCUGCAGUUCCGCGCCGUGUGCGCGCGCGGCCGUGGCGGGGCGCGCGGUGGGCCGGGGCCGCAGGUGGGCAACGCGCUGGGAAGCUUGGAGCCUCUGCGCUGGAUGCUGCGCUCGCCCUUCGACCGCAAUGUGCCGGUCAACCUGGAAUUGCAGGAACUGCUACUGGACUACAGCUUUCAGCACCUCGGUGUCUCCUCGCAGGGCUGUGUUGAUCACCCCAUAGUUCUGACAGAGGCCGUGUGUAACCCACUCUACUCCCGCCAAAUGAUGUCGGAGCUCCUUUUCGAAUGCUACAGGAUUCCGAAGGUCGCCUAUGGGAUAGACAGCCUCUUCAGUUUCUACCACAACAUGCCCAAGAACGCCCUUUCCAGUGGCCUCAUCAUCUCAUCCGGCUACCAGUGCACACACAUUCUACCCGUCUUGGAAGGAAGGCUCGAUGCCAAAAACUGCAAACGCAUCAAUCUGGGAGGAAGCCAGGCAGCGGGCUACCUGCAGCGGCUCCUCCAGCUGAAGUAUCCGGGGCACCUGGCCGCCAUCACACUCAGCCGCAUGGAGGAGAUCCUGCAGGAGCAUAGCUACAUUGCCGAGGACUACGGGGCAGAAUUGCAGAAGUGGCGAUGUCCUGAUUACUAUGAGAACAAUGUCCACAAGAUGCAGCUCCCAUUCUCCAACAAGCUCCUGGGCAGCACACUGACGGCUGAGGAGAAGCAGGAGCGGCGGCAGCAGCAGCUGCGGAGGCUGCAAGAGCUCAACGCCCGGCGGCGGGAGGAGAAGCUGCAGUUGGAUCAGGAGCGGCUGGAGCGGCUGCUGUAUGUGCAGGAGCUCCUAGAGGAAGGCCAGAUGGACCAGUUUCACAAAGCUCUGACAGAGCUGAACAUGGACUCCCCAGAAGAACUGCAGUCCUACAUACAGAAGCUUACCUUGGCAGUGGAACAGGCCAAACAGAAAAUCUUGCAGGCUGAAGCCAACCUGGAGGUGGAUGUGGUGGACAGCAAGCCAGAGACCCCUGACCUGGAACCUCUGGAGCCCACCCUGGAGGAUGUGGAGAACAUCAAUGAUUUCGAGCCCUUGUUCUCAGAGGAAACACCAGAAGUGGAGAAGCCGCAGCAGGUCACCACAGUCCAGCCCGUGUUUAACUUGGCAGCGUAUCAUCAGCUGUUUGUUGGGACGGAGAGGAUUCGUGCUCCAGAGAUUAUUUUUCAGCCAUCUCUCAUAGGAGAAGAACAGGCGGGGAUUGCAGAGACCCUCCAUUACGUCCUAGACAGGUACCCAAAGGCCAUUCAGGAUACCCUUGUCCAGAACGUUUUCCUCACUGGUGGGAACGUGAUGUACCCCGGCAUGAAGGCCCGAGUGGAGAAAGAGCUGCUGGAGAUGAGGCCCUUCCAGUCGUCCUUCCAGGUUCAGCUUGCCUCGAAUCCUGUGCUGGAUGCCUGGUAUGGUGCCCGUGACUGGGCCUUGGAUCACUUAGAAGACAGUGGAGCCUGGGUCACCAGAAAGGACUAUGAAGAAAAGGGGGGCGAGUACCUCAAGGAGCAUUGUGCCUCCAACACAUACGUUCCCAUCCGCCUGCCUAAGCAGGCCUCACGUGCCUCAGAGACCCAGACUUCCGGGAGAGGCUCCGGGGCCAGUGGAAGUGGAGCUGGUGAUCAGGCCUAGCAGAGGGGACGCCAAGAUGACCUUGUGUUUCACCCUUGCUAUAUAGGCAGUAUUUGGGACAAGGACAGUGUUCCAUGGUGCCGCCUGGGUCUACCAGCCUUGCUUGGCUAGUGACUGGAUCUCUCCUGGGAGCUCAGCAGAGGACAGCAGGUGAUCUACCUCAGUGAAGGACGCAGUGGCCUCUGGCACCAAGAACCGGGCCAAGCUGUGGCCCUGCUUUCCUUGGCAGUGAGGGCAUCCGUCUGGUGGGGACGAGACGUACACAGUGCGCCUCUUUGCACCGGAAGCCUUUGUUCUUGGUUGGGUUUUUGGUUUUGGUUGUUUUUUCCUUUUUAAAGCUCUAAAGUUAUCCAUAUAGUGUUUAUUCUUCUGUGUGUGACACUGUCCUGUGACCGCCCAGAGUGCGUUCCAAGCUGCUGUUGAAGUUGUGGAAGUAGCCAUCCACUGAGUCCCUGGAGUGGGAAGACCCACCCCACCCCACCCCACCCCAUUCUCUGCCUGGUGCCUGUCCUGAGUGGCAGGUAGCACUGUGCCCAGCCCGUUAACUGUUGCUCUGCUGGGAGUGCUCCCACACCGUGAAGCCUUGCCAGAGAUGUUUUCUUCUGUCUUGUGGGUCGUCGGUGACAUGCCCUUUUCAGGCACUCCGCAGAACUGAUGGUGCAGAGCCCGUCCCAGGGACUUUGAUUUGCCUGUGCCCCUCCCCCCAUGCCUUUACAGUGUGGCCUUGAUCAGGUAGGAGCCCUCUUCCCCUUCUGUUGCUUUAGGCCUAAGGUCUCCCAGUGCAGCUCAGGCUGGCUUCAGACUCAGGCUGGCUUCCUCCCUCAGCCUUCCUAGUGACACACUGCUCACCCUGCUAAACACUUGCUUAGAUAGAUUCUUGGUAAGAAUGUUAACUCAGACACACCAAGAACUGAGCCCAGUGCCUCCAGAGCUAAUGGCACCACAGAUUCCACAGGUCCAGAUCCCAGGGAGCCUCUGCAUGCUGCCAUGAUGCACCCACCACACAACCUGCUGAGUAAUCUGUAUCUCCAGUCCUCAGGCUGGGGAACUGCAGGCCUGAAGGGGCUGUGUGUAUAGGGGGUAGAAGACCCUGGCAGCUGACCUAUGAGUUCCUAAGGCAUUUCCUAUUGAGUCAUAUGCCAUGUCUGGCCUGGCCAAGGACUGACAGGAUGGCAGAAAGAACAUGGACCAGUCUCCAUAGGAGAGAUGUAUUGAUGGCACCAUCUGGGGCAAGAGCUGGUGCUGACCACGGGCUAUCUCAGCCUUCCUCCUGUUUAAAUGAGGCGGCCUUGGAGGGCAGGCAUGUGGCGAAGGAUCCUGGGCAGGAAAACCUGGCGUUUCACACAGCAAUGGGCAGUAGGCUGGAUUGCUUGGGUUUUAGGCGGUGAUCAACAUAGGAGAUCAGGAGCUGAGGGAAAGGAAGGGCCAAUGGCUGAGCUGCGAGCUCUCUAGUUUUGUUUCCUGUGAAGUAUGUCAUGACCUUUUAUGUUCGGCCUCCAGUUGGCCCUGAGGGAAUCCUGCUCGUUCCCAGAGCUAACCAGGAGUUUGCUCCCUGCGGUUCUCGUAGGACUUCACACAAGUGUUCAUGUACUGUGGGCCUUGGACUCUCGCUGGUCCCUUCCAAGCUGUGACAUUUUUCCUGAGAUCCAGAGAUCGGGAAUUAUCUCAUGCAGGGCAGAGGGUGCCUUGGCCUUCAGAGCUGCAGAAGAAGAAACCUCUUGUUCUGUCCCCUCCUCACUCUGGAAUUUGUCACAGCAGCCCUUGGAAACAAGUAUAGGAGGCCAGGUGGGAAGCUGGCAAGCCAUACAAGAGGAUGUAACUUGUCCCCGGCCCAGGAGACACUAGCAAAGGUCAGGAGAGACGGGCCCUGCAUGUCUUGGCAGUCAGCUUCUGUCAUUGUGACUAGUCUAUGGGCUCUGUAAAAGUAGCGUGGACCAUGCAGUGCUUAUCCUGUGGGUGACCUAUGUCACCUAGCAUGAUGUCACAGUUGGCAAGACAUCCUGAGCAGCGGUUGUGUGUACUAUCUCCUGUCUCUCCCUUCCCCACCCCAUGCCUUUUUUUUUUUUUUCUCUUCGGAGUGGUCUGGCAGUCAUUGGCUGUCCUAGUACUCACUUUGUAAACCUGGUUGUCCUGAAGCUUGUGGCAGUCCUACCUCUGCCUCCAGAAUGCUGGGAUUAUAGACA